AUGGAUUCUGGGGUUACCUGUGGAACUUCUACAUACACAUCUACUAGUCCAGAUCUAUAUUUCCGUGAUGGCAAACGUAGAACGGAUUAUGUUCUCGCAUAUCGGUAUUCUGCAUCAAAACGUUUCGAUCAGAAUAGGCGUCACUUAUUUUUGAAUGAGUUAGCCAAACAAAAAAUAGAAAUCGAAGUUGAAGAUUGUAAUGGUCGCCUAUUAGGCUCUACUUCAGUUUCACUGGAUGAUACUUCAUCUACACUUACUCAAGCAACAUUUGUACAAAAAAUAGAGUCUCAAUUAUCAUCAUCAUUGUCGUCACCGCCACCACCACCACCACAACGACUACAACCACCGACUACAAUUGUAGAAGAUACUCCACAAUCUCCUAAUCAUAUACCAUCUGAUAAAUAUGCUGAAUCAGAUAAACCAACAGAUAAUACAAGUCCACCAUCGUCAAUGGAACGUUAUCGUCAUAAAGCGUUGAAUGAUGAAGAAAUCCUGCUGACACCGGAUAAUUUAAUCUUUGUUAAAUUACACGCAUCAUGGGAAGCAAUGACAUAUUAUGCAGAAUAUCUGAAAAUGCGUAAACCAUUAAGACAGUUUGAAAGUCCAAAAUCUAAGCCUUCAUUGACAAAAGACUGUUUCAAUUGUUUACGAAUUGAUGAAGAAAUCAUUAAACCAAUUACAUCAUGUUAUACUUGGCCAUUUUCAAUGAAUCGACAAUAUUUAUUCGAUAUACCAGAGAAUAAGGAUGAAUUUUUCACUCCAGUCGAACGGGCGCUUGUCUUAGAUUAUAUUCUUCGUCGUACUGGUUAUAAAGCAGAAGAUUUAGUCAACACAGAUGACUUAUAUGAGCCUAGUGCCAGCGAUAUUCUGGUGAAUUCUGAACAUGAUGAAUGCGUCGAUCCAAAAAAUCAACAACAAAUGACUUCAUCUUCAGCAACAGCUGCGAAAAAUUUAGGCAUUACUAAAUUAAUUUCAGAUGGAGUAUUCUUAGCUGCUUAUCCAUUACAUGAGCCGGCUGGUAAUACAGUUGCAUCAACGGAAUUCAAUAAUCGUAUCCUAUUACAGAAUUAUUGGGCUUCAUAUAAAAUGUUGUUCAAAUGUCAACCAAUUAGUUAUAUACGACAUUAUUUCGGUGAAGCUGUAGCAUUUUAUUUCGCUUGGCUUGGAUUUUACACUGCAUGGUUAUUACCGAUUGCUAUUCUUGGCAUAUUUGUCUUUCUUUUUGGAUUAAUCGAUUUAAAGAAUGAUUCUAUUAUACAUGAAGUAUGCGAUCUUGGCCAGAGUGUAAUUAUGUGUCCAUUAUGUAAAUCAUCUAAAUGCAAAUUUUGGACAUUAGAUACAUCAUGUUUACGGACAAAACUGAUGCGAUUAGUAGAUCAUGAAGGAACAGUUGUAUUCGCUGUAGUUAUGUCUUUAUGGGCUGUUAUAUUUUUUGAAAUGUGGAAACGUAAACAAGUUUCAUUAGCUUAUCAUUGGAAUGUUAGUUCACUGGAACCAAUGGAUCAACCACCUAGACCAGAAUUUAUGGCGUUACUUAAUAAAAAAUGCCCUAGAAGAGUUAAUCCGAUCACUGGUUAUGUUGAACCGUUCAUACCAUUUUGGCGUCGGAAAAUACCAGUUAUUCUAAUCACCUAUUCUACUGUCCUGCUGGCUGUUAUGCUUACAUUAGGUUUCCUUGUUAGUGUUGUCUUAUACAAGUUGGUUAUCAAGGCAAUGUUAUACCGACAUCAUAAUCCAAUGCUACAAAGUACAGCUGGUAUGAUCGCUACAAUGACUGGAUCAUGUAUUAAUUUAGUUGUAAUCUUCAUUAUGAAAUUAAUUUAUGAUCGUAUGGCUAUCAAGUUGACAGAUGCUGAAAAUCAUCGUACACAAGUGGAAUAUGAUAAUAGUUUAACAUUGAAGUUGUACUUAUUACAAUUUGUUAACUAUUAUUCCUCUGUAUUUUAUAUUGCAUUUAUACAAGGCACAACAUCAGCCCUUCCCGGUAGUGAACAUAUAUUGAUUCAGUCAACUGGAUGUGAUCAAGGUGAUUGUUUAUUUGAAUUGUUCAUACAAUUAGUAAUAAUUAUGGUUGGUAAACAAAUAUUUGGUUUUAUCCAGGAGUCUUUAAUGCCUGUUUUAUGGAAAGUGUUCUUUAAAUUUCGUGCAAUGAAACGUAGAAGUACUGUUUUCGCUAAAGUCAAUAGUACUGAUGGUGAGAAUAAUGUUGUUGGCCAAAAACCAGAUAAUCUACCGACUAAUAUUGUCAAUACACAAUUUAGUGGGAUAUGCAGACGUAAUAUUCUUUGUCGUUCUGAUUUUUAUAUGCUUGAUCCUGGUUCUAGACCAUUGUUCAAUGAAUACUUGGAAAUGAUGAUUCAAUACGGAUUCAUUACAAUGUUUGUUCCUGCAUUUCCAUUGGCUCCAUUAUUUGGUUUAUUGAAUAAUUUAUUCGAAAUUCGUGGUGAUGCUAAAAAAUUAGUUAAUCAAUAUCGUCGUCCUGUUCUCGAAAGAGUUCAAACAAUAGGUAUUUGGCUAACAAUUAUUCAUGUUCUCGCGAGUAUCGCCAUCCGAACAAAUGCGUGUAUUAUUGCAUUCACUACACAAUUUAUUGACCGAUGCGUCUAUCGAUAUUCUUACAGUCCAGAUGGAAGUAUGAAAGGCUUUGUGAAUUUCACUCUUUCCUAUAUGUCAACAAAUCGUUUUCAUCUACCAACUAAUGAAACGUAUUGCAGAUAUGACGCAUAUCGUACUGCACCAUGGUCCCCUGAACCCUAUGCUUUCACUACAGUCUAUUAUCAUGUUUUGGCGGCUAAAUUUAUUUUUGUCUUCGCUUUUGAAACUAUAGGAACUAUACUAACAAAUAUAAUUAUGGCAGCUGUACCAGAUGUACCAAAGCAUAUUAGACGAGAAAUGUAUCAUGAAGCCAAUAUAACUAAUGCAAUUAUCUUGAAUGCUGAAGUCGGCAAUCAACAAUACAAUCGUACAAUAACUAAAGAUGUCAAUUUUAAACAGAUAAUUAUGCUGAAACAUUUACAAGAUAAGCUACAAUCAUUUAGUAAGCCGAAAAAUCGUGAUGAUGAUUAUACUGGUAAUAAGGAUAUAAAUGAUGCCAAUGAUGAUAUUGAUCGUAGUACCAUGGAUUUGAAUACUACUACCACUAAAACUAAUACGAAUAAUGACAGUACAUGCCAAACAACUUCUAAUCCUGUUGUAUACACAUUUCAUAGCUAUGAAUUACCAACUGAUGGUUCACAGUUAACGCAACCAUCACCAUCAACAUAUCUCCUGCCGUAUUCAAAUAAUCUGCCGCAUAUUGGAUUCAGUCAUUUAGAGAGUAAUACAAAUAAUAAGAGCAGUGGUAGUAGAACAUAA